AUGGCGGCUGUUGACUGGCUACGGCAAGAGUCUGCCUUUCGAAAACCUCCGGCGGCUUCUAUCCCAUCCCCACGCGUUUCCUUCCCUCAAGAAUUCAUCUGCCCACUCUCCAGUGAGGUUAUGCGCGACCCCGUUAUAAUUAGUUCUGGUAAAAGCUUCGAGCGCGUCUACAUCGAGCGCUGGUUCGCGCAAGGAAGAACCACGUGUCCCAAAACCGGCGAGACGCUCGCGCACCAAAUGCUCACGCCCAACGAGGCGCUCCAAAAGCUCAUCUCCGAUUGGUGUAAAUCUCACAUGGUGACGCUCAAGCCGCUCCGUCCAUCGAGCCCGCUGACGCCAGCUGUAGAAACAUCUCGCAACCCGUCGGUUCCUCCAUCCCCCGCUUCUGGAGAGCAGUUCGAUUUGGCGAAGGCUCGGGCAGCAGCAGCAGCAGCGGCAGCGGAUCGCGCAGCCGCAGGUUCCGCCGAGGGUUCCGCCGCAACCGGCGGCGGAGGCAGCGCGGCGUCGCCACGAAUCUCCCCACAGUCGGUGCUCGAGCGGCGCCACUCUUUGCAAUCCAAUAGGGACAACGGUUCGACUGCAGGCGCUUCGACUACGGGCAGCUCAGCUGGCGGUUCGGGCCCUGCCGCGGUGGAGACGGUGGCAGUCGCUAAGAAGCUCACCGCUUCCGCUUCUGCUAACGCGUACGUUUCCGCCGGUCCCGCCGCUGCGAACAUGCCGCCAGCCAUUCCUAAGCAUCUUCGGCCAAGCGCUAACGACGGAGCCCUACAACGAACGAUGUCGCCCCGUAGGAAAGGGGACCCUGCGACUCCAUGCGACGCUGCUGCGAGCCCGAAGGUGCUGCCUCGGAAUAGCAGCGACCCGUGGCUGUCGUCUACGGAUGAAGAUGCGAAGAACGACGAAGCGCUCGGGUCGUUCUUGGCUGGAAACGCGGGGGGAAACGCGGCGAGAGCGCAGCGUCAGGGCUCGCGUCGGGGGUCCGCGUCGCCGCAAGAGGCGUUGCCCUACUCGAAGCAGUUCUUGAGCGCGACGCCGACGCGACGAAGCAGGCGCACGAGCGAGCAGGGUUCUGUUACUGAGAUGCGACCGUUGAUUGACGCUCUGCGAACGGGCGACGUCGCACAGCGUCGCGAGGCGGUUCAUACGUUGAGGAUCGCGCUGAAAGAGGCGCCGGAGAAUCGCACGCGAUUGGUCGCCGCGGGCGGCAUCCGACCGUUGAUGCAGAUGCUGCUGUCAACGGACGGUCCGAUCGUCGAGCAAGCAUCGGCCGCCACGCUCUACCUCUCUCUCCAAUGGGACGGCGCCAUGGAAGUCGUCUCCGCCGGCGGCGUUAGAAACCUUGUCGAAGUUUUAAAGACAUCGCGCGGCGGAAUGUGUUUAACACCGAUGGGUGCUAAUGAUGCAAUCAGCGGUUCGCUAUUGAGUCCCAGACCGGACGGAUCGUUCGAGGCUACGGAGGUGGCGAAAUCGAACGCCGCGGCGGCUCUCUUCGCGCUAUCGAAUGCGGAGGAAAACAAGAAGGUCGUAUGGUCGGCGGGAGCUGUCCCGCCGCUGAUUAAUCUCCUCAGGAAGGCGACGUGCGCGCGUACCAAGAAGGAUUGCUGCCUUGCUCUUUACAACCUCGCGUUGUUUCCGAAAGCUGCGGAAGACGCGAUUAAACACGGUCUGGUUCGCCAAGUGUUUGCGCUGCUGGAAGGGGAAGAUGAGGCGGGAGUGGAAGAAAAAGCGGCGGUGUUGCUUUGCGCGUUAGUUAAGUACCCGCAGGGUAUUUAUGCGUUGAAAAAGGAAGAGGACGUGGAGUUUACCCUGAUCGGGAUUAUGGAGUCUGGUUCGGAAAAGGCGGCGGAACUUUCGGCGGGAACGUUACUUUCGUUGGCGAAGGCUGAUGGCGACGACGCGAUGAGCGAAAUUCUUAGCGAAGGAUGUUUGCCGCCGCUGGUGAAACUCGCGGGUAACAGCAAGCCCGAUUCGGAUUCGCGAGCGCUGCUGGCGAUGCUUCGUGAAUUCGCACAGAUCAGGUCGGGCGGCAGCGUAGCUGGGAGCCAACCUGGCACGCCUAUGGCAGGAAGCAGGCCAACUACCCCCCUGGGUCGCGGAAUGAGAUAA